AUGGCUGCACAGUCAGGGCGGAAAGUGGUGCUAAUAAGAACCACCAAGUUGUCUCUAAAUGAGCGCUUUACUAGUCUGCUGGAGAACAAACAGCCCACGCCAGUGACUUUUCGGGCUUCGCUGCAGCAGCAGCAGCUAGCCAGCGCCAGAAACAGAAGACUGGCCCAGCAGAUGGAGAAUAGACCCUCUGUCCAGGCAGCAUUAAAACUUAAGCAGCGCCUGGGUAACAAGAGGAACAUCCAGGCUCCCUUAGGCCUACCCAGAGGUGACCUGUGCAGGGGAGCGAUUGGAGGACGAGGCCUACCCAAAAUCCAGGGAGGCUUUUGCCGAGGACGAGGAAGAGGAGGACUACGUGGGGGACUUGCCACCAGAAGCCUGCCAAGGGGCGGGUUGUCAUUCCAAGGUCGAAGCCCGCUCCUCCGAGGUGAACAAGACUUUGCUGCCCCACGAAUGGACUCAAGAAGUGGUGCUGUUCCAGGUCGUGGAGGUCCUGGGAGAGGGGGCCGAGGGCGUGCAGCUAUGGGUCGUGGUGGAUUCCGUGGUAGAGGUCUGGCUGGGAUAGGUCGAGGAAGAGGGAACUUUGGAUGCCGUGGUCGAGGCAGAGGUGCCCGCACUCGCCCUGCAUUGACCAAGGAGCAGCUGGACAAAGAACUGGAUGCGUACAUGUCCAACACUAAACGACGCCUGGAUGCUGAGUUGGAUGCCUACAUGGCACAGACAGAUUCUGAAACCGAUGACGGAAGCCUGCCCACCCACCCGCCUACCUCUUAG